AUGGCAGAGAAACAGCGCUCAAAACCAGCAAACAUUACAAUCAUCCAUCCGGACCUCGGCAUCGGCGGCGCAGAACGCCUCAUCAUCGACGUCGCCCUCGCCCUCCAGAACACCGGCCACACAGUCACGAUCUAUACGUCGCACCGCGACAAAUCGCACUGCUUUGAGGAAGCGCGCGAUGGGACCCUCGAUGUGCGUGUUCGCGGGGAUAAAUACUUUCCAGCUAGUAUCGGCGGCCGCUUUGUCGUCCUCCUUGCGAUUCUGAGGCAGGUUUGUCUUGCGUUUGAGUUGCUUGGUGAGGCGGCGAGCGCUGGACGCGAUAACGGGGCAGAGGAUGAGGAGGCGGAUGAGGUCUUCAUCGUCGACCAGGUCCCUGCUUGCGUGCCGAUACUGAAACUCCUCGGACCACGAUUCUACAAGUCGAGCGGGCGGCAGCGCAUCCUCUUCUACUGCCAUUUUCCCGACCAGUUGCUUGCGAGGCGGGGUGGGGGUUCGCUGGCACGGCUUGUGAAGGGGGUGUAUCGAUAUCCGUUUGAUUGGUUUGAGGGGUGGGCGAUGGGGGGCAGUGAUCGGGUUGUUGCGAACUCGGUGUUUACGAGGGGCGUUGUGGGGGGUGUUUUUGGGGGGGAGAGGUUGGGGGUUGUUAGGGUUGUUUAUCCGUGUGUUGAUACUGCGCGGAAGGGGGAUGUAGGAGAGGUAGAGGGUGGGGAUGGGGAGGUUUGGGAGGGGAAGAGGAUACUUCUCAGUGUGAAUCGGUUCGAGAGGAAGAAGGAUCUUGGGCUUGCGAUAAGGGCGUUUCAUGGGCUGGGGGUGGAGAAGAGGAGGGGGGUUAGGUUGGUUGUUGCUGGUGGCUACGACCCCCGCAUCACGGAAAACGUACAAUACCACAAAGAACUCGAUGCCCUGGCGACAAGUCUGGGUCUGCAGACUGCGACGUCCAAGACCGUCCCGUCGGCCCUCUCCAUCCCUGACUCCAUCGACGUCCUCUUCCUCCCCUCCGUCCCCUCGGCCUUCCGUGAUGCCCUCCUCGCCAAAUCGUCGCUUCUCCUCUAUACCCCUGUAAACGAGCACUUUGGCAUCGUCCCGAUCGAAGCCAUGCGCGCCGGAAUCCCGGUUCUUGCGUCCAACACCGGUGGUCCACUUGAGACAAUCGUUGAAGGGGAGACAGGGUGGCUCCGCGACGCAACGGACGUCCCGGCUUGGACGGCUGUCAUUGAGAAGGUGCUAUACGGAAUGAGCGCGGAGGAGAUCAAGAAGAUGAGUGUGGCGGCGAAAGAGCGCGUCGAGGCCAAGUUCUCUCUGCGUGCUAUGGGCGAGAAACUUGAAGAGGAGAUAGGUGGGAUGUUGAGCUCUGAACGAAGAGAGUUCAAUGGAGCGCAGCAAAUAUUGUUGCUCUUGGGGGUUCUGGGCAUGGGAUUUGCGGUAUUUGUAGCAUUGGUUUUGGCGUGGGUUCGUUCUGUAUAA